AUGCCGCCCCCGACGAAGCGAAUGAGGAUGAGGGAUGAGGGAGAGAAGAAGAUGUCGGAGGACCGCCAUGUCGGCAGCGCCGCUGCUCGCAAGAAGGGCAAGCCCACGCCGCAGGAGUCCGCCACUCAGAGGUUUGAGAAGGUCAUGGAGAGGGCUCGUGAGCACCAUUCGGCAGAGAAGGAGUGGACGCAGCGCCCGAAGCGCAGGAUCCACGAUGCCACCGUCAACGCAUUGGCCAAAUCCGCCCGCGAGAUGGCCAGGUUCACUGGAGACGAUGAUUUCUCAGCGAAGUCGGAACAAGCAGGGAUGGUGAUCAAGGAGAUCUCGGCCAGGCGUAUCUUCUUCGAGGAGAUCAGGGGCAAGACCGUGGACGUGGCAAAGCGGACCAUCACCAGCGCGGAGCACCAGGUUAUGGUCGGUUGUUCUGUGAGCUUAAGGUCGCAGAUCAUCCAGCAAGCCUGCUUCGCGCUAGCGACGAGCGAACCGCCACUCAUGAUCAAGUUUGCCAUGUGCCCCCGAGCUCCUGCUCCCGAGGGCGAUUCUCAACCAGUUGAGUGGCCUCGCGUCGAGACUCUGUGCCUCGGGCUGCUGUGGGAGACCGCGUCGUGCAAGGCUGACGCCAUCAUGGCGGACUCGCUGGCGGUGCGAACUCAGGCUGGCCUUGCGACCGACAUGGUGGAGCGAAUCGUCAUCGAGAGUCCGAGCGAGGCGACGGUGCUGAAGAGGAUUGCCGACGUCAAGGAGUACUUGGGCAAGGAGUUCCAGCCUUUCGACUUCAGCGUGUGUGACGACGCGCGGGAACCUUUCACGAAGGCCAGUCUCUUCGAGCAGCCCUACAUGGACGUGUCCGCUCUCGUCGUCGCAGGCGACGUGUUGACGUGCAUUCGUGAGGCGAAGCCUGUGGCAGGGGCUUUGCGCAAGAUGUCCAGAAUGAUGCUCUCCAAGAUCGACGCAGUUUCGACGCGUGUACGGAAUCUAGCUACCGCUGCAGGGGUGAGGGCACUCUCCAACAGCAACGUCAUGAAAAUCGCGUGGGAUCACCUGGUCGAGCUGCUCGCCUCAGAUGGCAACCUCGCCAAUGCAGAUUGCGUGAAGGAGGCUGCGGCGGCUGCCAGCCAGUUCAAGGAGAAGGUCUUGAGUAUCGCCACGGGCUUGAAGGAGCCCAGCGGCAAGAGCGAGGAUGCCUACAACGCCGUCGUGGACGUUUGCCAGGAGGAGCAGCAAGAUAUCUCAAUGAAAUUUUGCGCCACGUGCAUCGUGAAUGCAGACCCGAGUGACUUCGAGGAUACGGUCUACGCGGAGAACAUGAACAUGGCCAAGGUGGUGAACGCGUUCAUGUGCAAUGCGUUGAUGAGCUGGUUCAGCGUGGAGGAUCUCCAGGUUGAGGAUGACACGUGGGACGAGCUCUACUGGGUUGGAAACGUCUUGGAGUACUGCGCCCACUUCGCGCCGAAGUCCCAGGCCCUCCAGAGCACACGCAAGAAGAUGAUCCUCACGCACCACGUCAAGAGUCUGCUGAUGGCGACUUCCACGGUCACGGAGGACUGCGCGACGGGGCUCAGGGAGUGGGUGAAGGCUCACUUGAUGGACUCGGGCCUGAAGCCAGCUGCUGACCAGGAGGUGAACGACAUCUUGAGCGACAGCUUCAUGACCUUCUUGCACAAACUGAACCACGCUUGGGCUGGAGUCCAAGUGGCCACCCCCUUGAUGUCCUACGUCCGACGCGUCGUGCACUCGCCGUUCUGUUCUGACGCAUUCUUGUCCGUUGCGAAGGAGUUCGAGAGCAAAGUGCCUGAUGGUGUGAAGGCGCUCUUGGUGUCAGCACGGAGCAUGAAAGCCCUGGAGGGAUCGUUCGGCUGGGUCAAAGACGGCAGACAUAUCGGCAUGAUCGAAUUGACGACCGCCCUCAUGGACGCGAGCACCGUCACGAACGACGUUCGCGAGCUGGAGUCGUUCGGGAAGCAUGAGAAUGAGCUGAUCAGG